CCUGCCUUACUCCUGGCUAUGUUCAUCGCGCUAGUAUUGAAUAUCUUGGGCCAUGUUACCCGGGCAUGGUGUAACACAGCUCUUGGACUCUUGAAUCUUCUCCUGAAGACUAUGCUCGGUAAUGUUCCAGAAGGACAUGGGUCAGAGGGAUGGAUCCCUCGUGAUAUCCGUUCUGUGAGAAAGAAGUUCGACCUGGAAGCCGUUACCAAGACAUUUGCCACCUGUGCCAGAUGCUUAUAUACAUACCCUCCA